AUGGUGGCAAAAACAUUCUCAAUCCUGUCCGGUGUCAGUGGAUCGUUCGAAGAAGCGGUCUACGGAUGUCUGUCUCUAGCCUGUAUUGUACAGACCGAUGGACUUCAAGCUGCUGAUCGGCUCCGCAAAAGAUGCGAAAGUGUUGAUGAGGGGUUGAUCGGCAGUGAACAGGGAAGACGCGAUGAUCGAGAUUAUUGCAAGCAUUCCGAAAUCGUUGCACGAUUUCCGGUUGUAACGUGCGAGUCAGCCUGUGCUGUGAUUGCCACAACUGGCUCUCGACUUCGAGUUGCCAUGGAGAAGAGAGCGCAGUUAAUGAAGCUGGCUUUGGGAGUGGGUACCGCUGGAAGUUGCAUUUCGUCGGCAUUGCCGCGUCAUGCCUCACCGCCACAUGAGCAUGCAACUACCAGGUGA